UAAUUUCGCUGAGGUGGCAUGAUCAGAAUCAAUUGGAAAAUUAGUUAGUCCAAUGUCAAUUUGCUAGGGAAAUUAUAUUAGACGUAAACUUUGUUAUAUGAUUAACAACUUAUAAACGAAGUCUAAAAAAUAUAAUAACAAAGAAACGUAAUACGUUUCUGAGAGGCCGUUGCGGCCGCGGAGAAGGAGUGGUGUGAAUCAGGGAGGCGAUGUGGUGGGCAGAGAGAAGGACAGUUGAAGAAAGAGAGCGGAGGAGCAGUUGGUGAAGGAGAUGGAGGUGACGAGACGGAAUUAAUUGGGAGCCGGCGUCGCAGGUUAUGACAGUGGUGGGGGUUUGGAGUGGAGGAGGGACGGUGGUCGCAGGGGUUUUGACGGUAUUGAGAGGUUCGAGGGCUUUGACAUGUUGUGGCAUGUGGGUCUAAUGGAGGUGCGAGGAGUGGGAGAGGUGCGUAGAAAGGGAGAAAUGGUUGGAGAAGGAUUUGGGGAGAGGGAAGGAAUGGGAUUGCUAAUCACUUGGUCAUAAAUACACAUCUUCUCGGUCCAGUGCUGGGAUGUUUGAAAAUGACUACUAUAGACCAUCAGCAUUACUUGGAGACUGGUGAUAUACCAGGAGUUGCAGGGAUGAUAGAUUCCUUUUAAUAUGUGGACUGGAGGUGCAGUACGUGGGAGAUGAGCAACAAAUCUUCUAGAGCUUUUGAGAGGCCGUGUGGUUUUAGAAAUGGUCGGACCAUCGGAGGUCGUUUGCGGAAAGGCCACCACCUGCUUCAGAUACUAAUACUACUGUGAUGAACUCUUGGGAACCAGCUAGGAAUGUUAAAUGAAAGUAUUUAUAUAAUUAGUUACAUAAAAUUGAGUAAUUUCAUUUUAUUUCUAUAUAUUACAUUUUCAAGUAACAAAUAUCUAAAUCAAAAUAAUUCGAAGUAUACCAUGAUUCAUAGGAUGAGUGUUCAAUCUGGUAAAACCGAACCAAUUAGAAUCGAACCGAACAGAAAUAGAGAAAGUUAUUUGGAUUUGGUAAAUACUGAAUAAUACCGAAUGAAUGAAUAAUACCGAAUGAAUGUCAUUUUUAAGAAACUGUGAUAUAUAGAUAUGGUUUGGUAUAUAAACCCAUCAAACCGAAUAAACUGAUCAAUUCAAAUUCAAUAGUAUAAUUAUAUGUAAACUAUAUAAGAUAAUUGGGAAUAAAUACAUAAUUUAUUUUAUUGUAUGAUUUUCAUAUUUAAAAUGUUUAUUUUAGUAAUUUAAUAUUUUAUUUUAAGUUCAAAGUUAUGUUUCAUUUUUAUCUAAUUAAAUAAAACAUAAUUUUUUUACCUUUUUGUUGACAAAUAUGUGUGCUAAUGUUUAGUUAUUUAUAAUAUUAUGGAUUAAUAAUUUUUGUUAUUAUUUCUAACCUAUAAAAUAUUAUAAUUAUUAACUUAAUAUGCUUACUAAUUAUUUUAAAUAGUAAAAUAUAAAUAAAUAAGGCUAUCUAAAAACCAAAAUAUAUGUUAUAUAAAAGCCGAUAUUUAAUCAUAUAAAGUAAAAUUCAUAAAAUAUUUUAAAAGAUAGAUAAAUUAUGUUUUUUUUGGUAUAAAACUAAAUAAACCGAAAACUGAGCGUAUGUAAACCGAGCGUAUGUAAACCGAGCCAAACGAAAGUAAAUUUGUGGUAGCUAUUUUUUAUAAACCGAAAUACCGAAAACCAAAAAAAUUGAACCGAAAUCAAACCGAUAUCCGAAUUGAAUACCCCCACUUAAUAAAUUUAAAUUUUAACAUGGGCCAAGCCUAACCAUAUUUUUUUUUUAACACUGAAGUUCUUUAUUAAUUUAAAAGUCCAAAGAGGACAAAGUUGAGGGAGAAACAAAGAAAUAAAAGCUGAAAAAUACAAGUACCAUUAGGUACCACAUCACUCUUAAUAGAAGAGAAAUAGAGAAUGGAAGCAACUUAGAGCCCCCUGAGGACGGAGGAGGAGGGAGUUUAAUCUCCUGCUUCUUGCUGAAUAAGCUGAUCAAGCCACAAAGGACUACCAGACCCAACAUACGAUUGUGAACGAGCCCAUGUGACCACACUUUCUGCAAUGGCUUGUGCUACACUGUUUUUCUGAUCAGAGACAUAGCAUAUAGACCAUUCUUCAAAGCAGUGCAAGAGAACUAGGAUUUGUUGGAUCAGGGGUAAGAGGUCCAUAUAGUGAUAAGGGUUCAAAAGGGACUGUCUCACUCUAUCGAAGAAGCUUCAAAUAUGACUUUCUUCUGCUUCAAGCUACCCAUCGCUUCUGCCUAUAAACGAGAGUCGGCCUAACCAUAUAUCUAUGAACCCAUUUUAAUAUCUAUAGAACUCAACCAAUUCCGCUCCAUAUAUGAAAAAUUGAGUUGUGUAUCCCAGUUCAGACAGUUAGGUCUAAAAACAACAUAAUUCUUUGUUUUAAACUUUUGAAUUUUAUUUUAUCCGUAUAAUGUCGUUUCGCGCAAGGCGCGGGUCUCUACCUAGUCUAUAUAUAAAAGUAUAGGGUUGAAAUUAGGAGAAACCGAUAAACUUAUUCUGAGAAAAUCUAUCGUUUUAUUUAAAAGGAAUCUGGGUUAGCGUUUUCUUGGCAGAUUCCUUUCAAACAGUUAAUAGGAAAAAUAAUGAAACCGCGUCAGACUGGGGUACACCAUACCAAACAGUCGCCGCGUAUUUUUGACUGCGGCAAAACCGGAAAAAGGUCAGCUUGAAACGUAAGCGUUACUUUAAGCAUAAUCUCGAUGGAUGGACAAAUUUCAUCGACUUUUAGGACUUUCUUUUAAGACAUUUCUGGACUUUAAAUCUGUAAUUGUAAUGUAUGGGUUUUUGUUUAGACGUAAGUCACGUAACAUACACAUGACAAAUGUCACAUCGUGACACGAUCACAGUGAACUUAUAUAACUGUUACAACAAAUAUACUAUUGUCAAUUGAUUUUCUUGUGUCAACUGAUUUAUAUAGGUCAGCUAGCUUAAAAAUUGACCUAAAUUUUUAAUCUAAACCAUAAUCUUUUAAUGGGCUACAAUUAUAACAAAACCAGACAAAGUCCACACAAAGAAAAAAGAACCAGACAAGGCAUAUUCGAAAAAUCAUAGGCUCCGCAAGGCUUCGUUGUAUGGUUUUAAUAAAUAGGCCUACAAUAAAAAGCAUAUUGACAAAACCAAACCAUAAUCUGAUCAGGAUUAGAUUAACUAAUAAAAUUACAAAACUAAAUCGUUAAGAAUUUUUUUUUUACUAUAUAUUUUUGUUCAUAAUUCCAUCGACAUCAUAUAAAAAUCCUAUAAUAUGUUAUGUUGAACUAAGCAUAUAGUAGGUUUAGGAAUAUUUGUAUAAAGUAAUAUUUUAGUAUUGGGAAAAUAAUCAUUUAAAUCACGAACUUUCAGAUUUGGUUGAAAAAAUAAUGAAUUUUUUCAUGGACCAUUUAAAGCCUUAAUUUAUCUUGACAAACUACUUAAAGUUUUAAUUAAUUUUGAUUAAACCAAUUUUAAUAUGUCGUUAGUUCAAUUAACAAAUCGACUAGACGGGAUUAAUCUUUGUUAUAAUUUCUGUUAAACCCCAAACGACGUCGUUUCAAAAACAUAAAAAAACCUCCAAAUUCUUAUAUUUCCAAAUCGAAAUCUUUGAUUCUCAGGAGAUCAGAGGAAGUUGUAUUUUUGAAAAAUUUGCUUCCACUCACGAUGACAAUACUCACGAUUGUUUUUAGAGGAAGUUGUAUUCUAAUAUAAGUUGAAAGUCUUGUUAUUUCUUGACUUUUUUUCAUUUUCUUAUAGUUGUAUUUUUCAUCCUCUAGUUUUCUUCCUGCAAUGGAAAAGGAACGUAUCCAUCAGAUUUCAACCUUUUUAUAUACGUUAUAAAUAUUUUGCUAUAUAUUCAAAUCAGUAGUAAAUCAUUCUAAAAUUUGAUAUAUUUGAAUUGAUAAAUCAAAAAUACAUAAUUUAAAUCUUAUCUACUUUUAAAUCGUUGGUAUUGAUUGUAACAAAAAAAUUAUAAAUCAUUAACGAACCAUUUAAAAUAUUGCACAUUUUAAAUAUGUUGGUUAGAGUUUAAUAUUUACAACGAAUAAUAGUAAAAUGAAAUCACAUUGAAUACUCCUUUUUUAUUAAACUGAUCCUACAACAUCAUCUACAUUAAACUUGUUAAGGUAAAACUAGGAUUAAAAUAUCUGAUCACAUGUAAGAAAGUGAAAGUGUAGUUUUCGAAAAAAAAAGAGAAAUAUUUUUUUCAAAUUAUAAAUCAUAAAUAGUAUUUAUUCAAAUCAUACCUAUAUUUUUAGGAUCAUAUCAUUAAUAUCAUAAAAUAAAAGAUUUAAGGAUAGACACAAAAUUAGGCAAACCCCUACAAAAACGUAUGUAUAUUAUUGUUAAAUACACUAACGAUACAUCGGCGUUAGAGAAAGAGAAAGGAAGAAACAGAUAAUGGACAAGGAGGAAGCGUCUACAGCUAAUCCGAAUUCUAGUCGAAGGGUUCCGAGAGUUGCUAAUAGACUGCGAACGCGGUUAGGUAUGGCUCGACGAAACGUUAGGGAACGGAAAGCCGAAGCCUUAGCUCUAGGCAUGUCGUUUGCGGCUUUUGCCACUCUGGUUGUUGAGAAAAAGAAUGCUGCCGAUGAGAAUACAGAUGUGGCUGAUCUCGCAUUGAUUUAUGCUUCUGCUGUCAAAGAAUCUUUAGCCAAUGUAUACGGUACUAGGAUUGGUUCAUUUGGAGAGAGAUCAUUUAACAGUACCCUAAGGAUCCUUAAAGUGACCAAUGAUUCUGUCGAGAAAUCCAAGCUAGAGAUGGGCGUUUCUGAAGCUGCACUCAGAACCGAGAGGUUGGACGCCGACGACCAAACAUAUGAAACCGAACUGGAAGCCGAGAUGAGCACAGUCAUCAUGAAUUGGCUCGUCUCAAGUGUCAUCAACGCUCUGGCGUGGAUGUUAUAUGUUUCACGUGCCUUCACACGAACAUGCAUGAAAGAAAACAUGUUGAUGUGCCGGCAACCAUUUUGGUUGCAGAUCUAUUUCGCUAUCUUAGUGAUCCUCGUAGUCACCUACUUGAUAAUCCAUCGUUCACCAGGUACAAAACAUAGCACGCGAGCACCUUAUAGCCUUCUUUUACUCGGAGGUAUUUUUUACGGUUUAUUGGAUAUGUACUUGGGGGACGCAUUGGACAGUAUUGGCAAACUGUGGCUGUUUCUUUGGGCAACGGUUUGCCUUCUUCGAUACGUUGCAGAUACCAUCACUUUGGCUAUGUUUGGUCUAGUGUACGGUCCACGAUAUGUGACUCAAGAAACCAAAACACGCACUAUGGUUCCGUAUUGGGAACGGGCAAGUUCAUUACUUGUAGCGAUUAUGUUGGUUAUUCCUCUGAUUAACGGUUUCUUGCCAUUUGCAACGGUUGGUGAAUUGGGAGAUCAGUUUGGUGAAUGGUGGACAUCACACUUCUCAAUCCUCGCGUCUGCAGUUAAUCUUUGAUUAUUUAUUUAUUUCUUUUACCAUUUGCAUUUGGGACUUUUUUUAUCUUGUAAUUUUUGAGCUUUUGGGCUUUUUUUUGUGUGAGUUGUCGAAACUUCUGCACUCUUAUAACCGAGAUUGCCGUGGGCUGACAAUUUUUUCUUCUAUCCUCCAUCUUAUUAAAAGUAACUAUUUCAAUAUGUGAAAAAGCAAAUAAAACGCAGCACUAUAACUCGUAAUGAAAUGAAAAAAAAAAUUGCUUUUUGAAAUGCAAUUAAGUUUUGCUUGAUUGGUAACAUCAAUCAAUUCCGCCGCGUACACAGAACAGGUUUCCAUUCACAAGUCACAACCAUUUGUAUAUCAUUUUUAUGGUGAUAAUACCAUCAAAAACAUAGUACCAUUAUUGACAAAAGGUGGAAGAAAAUGAUAAAAUGUGUACAGAAUGAAGUGUAAUAUCCCAAGUACAACUGAACAUCAGUUUUGUUGCGAGUCUAGACUAGUCUAGUAUUGCUUCUUCUGCUUACGCUCGCGCUUAGCUGGCGUCCCCUUCCUGUACAAAAUCAAAUCAGGAAUAUCAUAAAAAAAAAAAAAA